ACUAUAUACUUCACGUUCUUUGCAAGCAACGGUGGCAUCUUCCUUGGUUCAAGCUUCAAUAUCCCUGGUGAGUUUGACGACGAGCAAGGACGGUUGAACGAUGAGGCUGAAUAUCUGCCAAAGCUGAAGGAGCAUGAGAGGGAAGCGUACUUCGCUGCUAAGCAGUUUCAGGAGCAUUUCCCUCCACAGGCCAAUCCUCUGGGUGCCAGCUUGAGUGAGGCUGAGGCUGCACUGAUCCGGGACCGUGGUAUCCAGUCGUACUCUUUUGAACAGCCUUCGGAGCACAGUUCUGUUCCCUCUGUUAUUGUUGAAGAUAAGCUUGAUGUUCGCUUCACCAGCGCUGAGCCGAACUCUGCUAUACUGAACAACCCGCUACCACUCACUGAGAAUGAUACGGUGUACUUUGAAGUGAAACUGUUUGAACUGCCGGAGGAUUCUACAGUGAGCAUCGGUGUUGCCACUAAGCCAUACCCACUGUUUAGAUUACCAGGGUAUAACCGUUACUCGAUGGCCUACGAAUCUACGGGGAAGGUGAGGGUUAAUCAACCUUUCUAUACCCCAGAAAUCUGGGAUACCUUUGUUGAAGGUGACGUGAUCGGGUGUGGGUUCAAACCACGUUCAGGCACAGUAUUCUUCACCCGUAACGGUAAGAAGGUUGUGGAGGCUGCUCAUAACGUCAAGUUUGACAUGUAUCCAAUAGUGGGCUCGCAAGGUCCUUCUAAAUUGGAUGUCAAUCUGGGACAAUUGGGUUAUGUCUUCAUCGAGGCUAAUGUGAAGAAAUGGGGGUUUGGUUCACUAUAUGGGACCAUUGGUAUACCUCCAGCAUACGGCAAUGAGCUAGGCAAUGAUACUGUUUUGGAUAGAGGCGAGGAGCUUCCUCCAAAUUAUCCUUCUGAAGAGGAAACAUUCUUUGGACCACCAGCUUUGCUGAGGGCCUCCACCCCUAUUGAAGUUACUGAGUCCUCUGAAAGACUCUAUGAGAGGCAUUCAAGCACAUUUGACCAAGAGAAUAAUGCUUAU